AAUGUGGAACAUCAUGUUCAGUCACAUAAUUGUACAAAACAAACUGAGGUCAGCAUUAAUUUUGUUUACUUCAGCAGCUCCCUUAAAUUAUGAACUACAGCCACUAUUAUCUUAGUUGUCACUGUUUCCUGCAGGACUGCAUGUUUGCAUGAAUAAAAUGCUGUUUGAUUAAAGGGUGAAGCACUUACAAAUUUACAACACAAGUCUGAACAGAGGAGUCACCCAACCAGUCAGAGGUUCGAGCACCUCUGACUGUCACUUCGCAGGUAUGUUGUCUGUGAGAGGUGGCAGACGAUUGGCUGAUCUUCUGCAGGUGAAAAGAAACUUGCCUGAAAAGCAUCUGCACAAUGAGGGGAGUGGCUGCAGAGUGAGCUAAAUACUGUGACUAACACUGCACAUCCACAGACGGGGUGUGAAGACUGUCUCCGGUAGCACAGCCAAGUAAAGAUGUCCAUCUUCAAGAAAUUCUUCACAAAUAUCAUCCAUGACAGAGAUCCUGAUGAUAAAACUGUCACAGUGAAGGGUAAGCCGAAACCUAAGUAUUAUGGAACAGUCACCCCGUACCCGAACUUCAGUGCCAGCAGUGAUGCUUCGGUUCUUCAGAGCGCCAUUGAAAGUAAAGGAGUGGACGAGGAUGUGAUAAUUUCAGUCCUGGUGAAGAGAAACAACGAGCAGAGACAGAAGAUAAGAGUAGUUUAUGAAGCAUCGACUGGGAAGAAGCUGGAUGAAGAUCUGAAGGGAGCUCUCAGGUCAGAUUUAGAGGAUGUCUCUCUGGCUCUGCUCAUGACACCUGCUCAGUUUGAUGCCUUCCAGCUCAGGAAAGCCACAAAGGGACUGGGCACAGAUGAAGAUGUCCUGGUGGAGAUUCUGGCAACAAGAUCAAACCAAGAGAUCUGUGAGAUCAAGAGGGUCUUCAAAAAAGAGUACAAAGAAGAGCUGGAGGAUGUUAUUGAGAGCGAGACCAGCGGUGACUUCACUAAGGCCCUUCUGGCCAUGCUGAAAGCAAACAAAAAUGAGAGCAAGGAAGUUGACAUGGCUCUGGCCCAAAGGGAUGCAGAGACUCUGUUUGAAUCAGGUGAGAAUACCGCGGGAACCAACGUUUCUGCCUUCAUCGACAUCCUGACCUCACACAGCGGGCCACAGCUCUCUAAGACAUUCGAGUACUACGCCUCCGUCAGUGACAUCAAAUUACCCAAAGCCCUGGAAAUGGAGCUGAAAGGAGACAUUGAAGAUUGUCUCAUUGACAUUGUGAAAAGUGCCUGGAACAUGCCGGCUUUUUUUGCUGAGAAACUCCAUCUGGCAAUGAAGGGCUAUGGCACAUGUGAGGCGACGCUGAUCAGGGUGCUGGUAAGCCGCUCUGAGGUCGACCUGAAGAAGAUUUUGGAUCAAUACAGAGCCAUGUAUAACACAAGUGUACAGGAGCAGAUACUGGAGGAGACUAAGGGUCAUUAUCAGCAAGUCCUGCUUGGAUUGUGUGGACCGCACUGAAAUUCUGUCAUAACCACUUCACUGGAAAUGGAGGCCAGCGUGUCCACCAGAUGCCACUGAAAUCUCACAUUAAAUAAUAGUAGAAUAUAACAUGACAAAUCUGUCUAACUGAGCUGAUGCUCUAAUAAAGCUGUUGAGAAAAGAAGGAGGAGUAAAAUAUAUUUCUGUUGGCUUUAAGUAAGCAGUAAGUAAGUAAGUAAACUUUAUUUAUAAAGCACCUUUCAAAACCAGAGUUACAAGGUGCUGUACAAUUUAAAGCCAAUAUCUUAGCAAAAUGCUUAUCCUGAUAUGUUUUUUUAUAAGGUUUGUGAAAUCUCAGUGCAGUCUUCUUUCUUUCCUUUGUCUUUAAUAAAAAUCUUUAGGUCUGUUGUAUAGAUUCCACAUAUAUAAGAUCAGAGUCAUAAGGUCGCCUCCAUUGCAAAUUCUAACAAAAAAACAAUUAAAAUCCCUCUCCAUU